AUGGCCUCAGAAAAGAAACCGGAGCUUGGCUCCGUCCUGGUGAUUGGCGGCUGUGGCUUCCUCGGCCACCACGUUGUCCGCGUGCUCCUCCGCGACUACAUCUGCUCCGUUUGCGUCAUCGACCUUCGCUGCACGCGCAACCGGCGCCCCGAGUCGGAUGGUGUUCAAUACUUCGAAGCCGACAUCACCGACGCCGCCAGACUCGAAGAGAUCUUCAACCAGGUCAAGCCUCAGGUCGUCGUCCACACCGCGUCGCCUCCCGCCCAGUCCAACGACAGCGUCUCCCAUGCGCUUUUCAAGAAGGUCAACGUCAACGGCACUGCCGCCAUCAUCAAGGCGUGCCAGCAGACGGGCGUUACCGCCCUCGUCUACACCAGUUCCGCCAGUGUGAUGAGCGACAACAAGUCCGAUCUCAUUAACGCCGACGAGCGCUGGCCCGUAAUCCGCGGAGCUCAGCAGAGCGAGUAUUACUCCGAGACAAAGGCCGCCGCUGAAGAGCUCGUCCUCCAAGCCAACCGCUCCGCCGCCGCCCCCAACCUGCUCACCUGCUCCAUCCGUCCCUCGGGCAUCAUGGGCGAAGGCGACACCAUGACGCUGUACCACCUCAUCAAGCUCUACCAGAACGGCAAGACCUCGGUUCAGGUCGGCGACAACGACAACCUCUUCGACUUCACCUACGUCGAGAACGUGGCGCACGGCCACCUGCUGGCCGCCGUCGCCCUUUUGCAGACUUCCAAGCUGAAGAUCGCGCCCCUCGACCACGAGCGCGUCGACGGCGAGGCCUUCAUCAUCACCAACGACUCGCCCGUGUACUUUUGGGACUUUUGCCGGGCCGUGUGGAACGCUGCCGGUAGCCCGCACGGCACUGAGCACGUGUGGGUUUUGCCGAGGGACGUCGGUAUCGUGCUGGGCUUUUUGAGCGAGGUGUUCUUCGGGAUCAUCCGUAAGCCGCCGACGUUCAACAGGCAAAGAAUCAUCUAUAGCUGUAUGACGCGGUACUACGAUAUUUCCAAGGCGAAGAAGAGGUUGGGGUAUAAGCCGCUGGUGCCGCUGGAUGAGGCGGUGAGGCGGUCGGUUAAGUGGACGUUGGACCAGCAGAAGGGGGAGAAGUUGCAAUAG